AUGUCUCGGAGAUUCGAAGUUGAGGAAGUGCUUCAGCAGCUCACCGAAGCUCAAAAAAUUGCUCUCACCGCAGGUACGUCAUAUCCCCCGAGUCCUAAUUCCCAGGCGCCGACUACUGGCACACAACUGAACCAUUUCAACAGCACCCCGACCGCAUGCAUCCCGUCAGGAACGGCCCUCGCGUCCACAUGGGAUGGCAAUCUGCUGUUCCAAACGGGCGAAUUGCUGGACAAAGAGGCCCGAGCUAAAGGUGUGCACGUGAUCUUAGGCCCUACGGCCAACAUCCAGCGGGCUCCUCUCGGCGGACGUGGCUUCGAGUCGUUUUCGGAAGAUCCGUAUCUAUCGGGUAUCCUGUCUGCUGCGUAUAUCAAUGGAUUUCAAAAAACAGGUCUUGCUGCCACCAUGAAGCACUAUGUCGGCAACGACCAGGAACACGAGCGAUUCAGUUCGAACUCGGUGAUUUCCCAGCGUGCCUUGCGUGAGAUCUACCUCCGUCCGUUUGAAAUUGCUAUCAAGGAGUCCAAGCCCAAAGGUAUCAUGACAAGCUACAACCGAGUCAAUGGAGUCCAUGUGAGCGAGGAUAGAUAUCUGCUCACAGAAAUUCUCCAAAACCAGUGGGGCUAUCAAGGCCUCAUCAUGUCAGACUGGACCGGUACCUACUCCACUACCGAAGCAUUGCUGGCGGGUCUUGAUCUGGAGAUGCCCGGUCCGGGAAUUUGGAGAGGAGCUAACCUAAGCAGGGCCUUAGUUGCAGGAAAAAUCUCGAAAGACGUACUGGACGGCCGCGCUCGCAGGGUGUUGCAAUUGGCUAACAGUGUCAUAGAUGCGGGCGUUGAGGACGAUAAGACAGAGGAGCAACGCGAUGUUCCUGAAACCAGAACGUUUCUGAGGAAAUUGGCAGGCGAGGCCGUGGUGCUCUUGAAAAACGAGGAUAGCGUGCUACCACUACAGAAGGAAAAAACCUUGGUCAUUGGUCCAAACGCUAUAUACACUGCCUACUCUGGCGGCGGCUCCGCACUGGUGACCCCGUACUACACUGUUUCUCCAUUGGACGCAAUUAGCAAAGAGAUUGGCCCAGAGAAUGUAACAUUUCAGAUCGGGGCGUAUUCUCACAGAUACAUGCCUUCUCUCGCUCGCUAUUUGAAGCUAGACAAUGGGAGCACCGGCGUGCGGUUUCAGAUCUACAACGAGUCCUUUGAGGUUAAGGAGCGAGUCGCAGUUGAUGACCUGACCCUGAGAGAUAUCAAUUAUUUCCGGAUGAAUGACUAUGUCAAUCCGAAAUUAAAGUCAAGCACAUUUUAUUGUUGUCUCACGUCAAACUUCGUUUCCGAGUCAGACGGCCUAUUUGACUUUGGUGUCAGUGUUUACGGGACUGCGCUGCUGUUUUUGGACGACGAGCUGAUUAUUGACAAUUUGCACAACCAGAAAGCCGGAGAGUCGUUUUACGGAAGAGGAACAGUCGAGGUCCGGGGAUCGUAUUUUGUCAAAGCCGGGCAACGGUACAAGCUGCGUAUUGAGUUUGGCUCGUCCCCAACGAGCAUGCUGCACCAAUCGAAUCCUGUCUUUUUUGGAGCUGGAGGUCUGAUGUUUGGUGGUGCUCCGCGGAUAGAUGACGAGCAGGAGAUCCGGCAAGCAGCGGAGGCAGCUAGCCUGGCCUCACAGGUUGUUCUUGUCACGGGGCUAAACAAAGAAUGGGAAUCUGAGGGAUCAGACAGGAAGAACAUGAAACUUCCCGGCCACAACGACCGUCUGAUAGAGUCUGUGCUGGACGCGAAUCCAAACACAGUCGUGGUGAUCCAGGCAGGAACGCCAGUCGAAAUGCCCUGGAAAAGCAAAGCAAAGGCUCUGCUGUACACUUCUUACGGUGGAAACGAAACAGGCAGCGGAAUUGCAGAUGUUGUUUUUGGCAACAUCAAUCCUGCUGGAAAGCUGCCCCUGACCUUCCCCAAACGGUUGGAAGAUUGUCCUGGGUAUAUAAAUUUCGGGACAGAAAACGGCAGGGUCCUCUAUGGCGAGGACGUCUAUGUUGGCUACCGCUUUUAUGACACACUGAAUGUUCCUACGUUGUUUCCCUUUGGUUACGGGCUGAGCUACACCUCCUUUGCUCUGUCUGCUUUGAAGGUGGACUACGACGGCGUGCUGAAGGUGGAGGUCUCGGUGAAAAAUACAGGCCACCGUGCGGGUGCCGAGGUUGUUCAGGUUUACAUUCAUCAGAACAGCCCGGCAAUCAAAAGGCCAUUUAAAGAGCUGAAAGGAUUCAGCAAAAUAUUUUUGGAAGCAGGAAGUUCUAAGAAAGUGCGCAUAUCGAUUGACGGCAAGUUCGCCACCUCGUACUGGAACGAAGCUCGCGAUAAAUGGAUUAUGGAGGCGGGAACGUACACAGUUCUCGUGGGAGCGUCGAGCGAGGGGGACUUCCUGGAGGAAGAGUUCACUGUUGCUCGGCCUUCUUUAUGGCUUGAUAAACUUGUAUAG